CAGGCAAUCAACUCCACCCCCUCCACUCCCGUGCUGUUGAGAAAUCUACCCAGAUUCUCAUCGGUGAGGUUCAUCCCGAAGCCUGUUCCUCCGCUUCGACACUGAGGCGAAACAACAGCGUUUAAACUGCUGGUAGAUGCCUGAGUUUUGUCUGUAUUGUUUCAGCUUGAAAAGAGUUUCCUCUGUCUUCCAUCAGCAGGAAGAAAAGACAGACUGUGAACAAACCUCGUCAUGAACUGGGCAUUCCUCCAGGGCCUCCUCAGUGGGGUGAACAAGUACUCCACAGCCUUCGGCCGAGUUUGGCUCUCUAUCGUCUUCCUCUUCAGGGUCAUGGUGUUUGUGGUGGCGGCGGAGAAGGUAUGGGGCGACGAACAGAAAGACUUCAAAUGCAACACGGCUCAGCCUGGGUGCCACAACGUCUGCUACGACCACUUAUUCCCUGUCUCCCAUGUCCGCCUGUGGGCCCUGCAGCUCAUCUUCGUCACCUGCCCCUCUCUCCUGGUGGUGAUGCACGUAGCCUACAGGGACGACAGGGAGCGGAAACACCGGCUCAAGUACGGCGAGAACUGCCGCCGCCUCUACCAGAACACGGGCAAGAAGCGUGGGGGCCUGUGGUGGACCUAUGUCCUUACUUUGGUCUUCAAAAUAGGUGUGGACGCCACCUUCGUCUACCUCCUGUACCACAUCUACGAGGGUUAUGACUUCCCCUCGCUCAUCAAGUGCGAACAGAAGCCAUGUCCCAACAAGGUGGACUGCUUCAUCGCUCGGCCCACCGAGAAACGAAUCUUCACCAUCUUCAUGGUGGUCACCAGCCUGGCAUGCAUCUUCCUCUCUGUCUUAGAAAUCCUCUACCUGGUCGGGAAACGCUGCCGUGAAUGUUUCAGCUCAGUCCAAAACUCUCGCCAGGUCAUGACCAACACACUGUCCAGCGGAAGCAACUUGAUGGACUCAAACAAUCUAAAGGGGACGUGCAAAUCCACCCCUGAAACGCCUGCUCCUUCAUACAGCGUCGCCAUAUCUUGAGAUAACGGCAAUAAAGGCAAAGACUUAAUUAAGAACAAUGUCAUGGGAAAGGAAAUGUGCCUCUCCCCCUCCACAGGCACUUCCCUCAUAGACUUGUCAGCAGACAUUUGUGUGCUCAGACUCUGAACUGCUACUGAGGUAGUUCUUUACUGUUAUAAUGUUCACUGUCAGAGAAAUCCUGGACCACGAUGCAUAUGUGUCAUAGAUCUGGAAUGUGCUCACGAUUGUGGGUUCGGGUCGGAGUAUUUACAGAGACUUUUGUACAGAAGAAGUUCUGCAGCCCUGGCAGAGAAAAUCUAGUUUGUGUGAUUCAGAAUUAGCUUUGAAACCAGCUAUGAGUCACUCAAUGGUUAGGAGAUGGUUUUACAAACACAUGUGGUUUUCUGUGUAAAGUUUUCCUCCUGCUCUGCGCCCAACCCUGAAAUACUUAGUUUAGGCUGUUCAACGUCUUUUCCCUUCACUCACACGUUUACAUUUGACUCUUGUGAAUACUUUAUUUAUCAAAAAGGUUUGAAAGAUACUGCUGUUGUGCGUGUUGCUGCUCUGACCUGUUUUUAAAGUGCUUCCUGUAUACAGGGAGGAGAGAGCGAUGAAGUCCAAAUGCAGUGUUGUAAACACAGUUGUUAAUAAUAUCAGGAUGUCUCACAGUGCUGAGGUGCAGUGUGGCUGCACAGAUGUUAAUAAUAUUUUUCAUUAAAGAUGAUUAUUUUCAUGUUUUGAAAAUGUGUUUUUUUUCAUGUUUUUUAAGACAGUUUAGAAAAGCCCAUACACAGCAGUACACACUCCAUUCGCCAUAACAAAUACUGUAAAAGAAAAUAUGUCUAAGCAUAGGAAGUAGAAGAACAAUGUAAGCCAAAGGGUUUGUUGAUUCUGCACAAGUUCUGUGGUUUGACAAAGAUCUCCCACUUUCCUCCUUCUUCCACUUUUUCCAUGUGUUUCAUAAAGCCCUCCCCCCUCAUCAGCGCACAGAUUGCUCUGUUGCUAAGAGCAGCGCCCUCAUUGUUUGGGUAGAUUGGUACGUUAAGACGGGCAAAGGAGAAGUCUCCCACCCCUCAGUUUGAAUCACCCGUGCUGACGAGUGUGGAUCCACCCAGUGCAGGAAUUUGUCUGUCAGUGCCGCCUCUGAAUGGAUGACUCCAGUAUUUACACUACAACCUCCCAUAGAAGUGAUAUAGUGAGAAUGAAUAGUCAUAUUUUCUUCUUCUUCUCUUGUGGAGCCAGUUGGACAUUUUUUAAUUCGCUCUGCUGAGGUUUGGAGAUAUCUGCCUCCACCUCAAUACCACAGAAGAGAAUAAAUAUAGCUUGUGCUGCUCGGAGCAAUAAACUAUGACAUUUUUAAAAACUCAAACAGCAAAGUGUUUUUAAACAAACGAUGAAAAGAUAAUCCGCAGGCACCUCUGUUAACAGAUGUCACUUGAACCAUUAAUAUCUAUGUCAGGUGACGGUAGUUCCGAUGAACUCUUAACAAGAGAGGUCUGUGGAUUAUCAUGGUAUAACCAGGGCCCUGUUUUCAGGAAAGACAAGCUGCCGCCGAAAAGUAAUUUUUCAUCUCCACUGUGUUUGAUGGCAGCAGGAAUGUCACAGAUGGAUAUCUGAAUGCACAAUGAGGAAGUGGAAAACUAGGUAUUUGUGGAUGAUUUGAGACUCAAGAGAACUUUAUUGUCUACACAUCCAUGUACAAGAACACAGUAUGGAUAGAAUUUUCCUUAUCUGAGGGCCAGUGGGGCAACAAUUAAAGCUCUCAAGUCAAGUGUUAAGUCAGAUAUGAAGUGCAACAAGCUCUGAAAAAAUAAACAAGCUCCAGUGUGUGCA